AUGAAGGCCAAUCCAUCAGCACACAACGUUGCCAAAGAGUGGCACGAGCAACACGAUUUAGCCCGAGCUUGUUUGCACAAGGCGGGAAGGUGGACCAAGAAGUGGGCUGACCGAAAGCGGAGGGACGUGAACUUUGAAGUUGGCGACCUUGUCCUUGCAAAGUUGGCCAAUGUUUUACGCCAUGCGGAUGUGCACAAGGGGCUUGUACGAAGAUACGAUGGUCAUUUUCGAGUCGUGAAGUGGGUAGACACCAUGGUCUACAAAUUGGAGUUGCCUCCAACCAUCCGAGCGUAUCCCGUUAUCCAUGUUAGCCUGCUCAAGUCGUACCAUCAAGAUACCGAGGAUCUAGAUCGAGGCAAGUCACACCGAGCGCCAGUCGGAGUAGCGGUCUCCUAUGACAAGGAGAUCCAAGAUAUACAGGCGGAGAGAGUUAUUAGACGACCAGGACACCACCCGAGGCAUGAGUACUUCGUUUUGUGGAAGGGACAACCCAAGUGCGAAGGAAGUUGGGAGCAUGCCGAGGGACUUUGGCAAUUCAAAACCCGAAUAGACCAAUUUCAUGCCAGACAAGUGACGAGGGCGUCACUGGAACAAGUGGGGGAGAAUGUCACAUACCACAAGCCCACAACCGAGGUUAGCCCAUGA